UGACAGGUCAUUUAGGCCAAUCAAAUACCUUUUGUCUAUAAACACAGGCGGUUGUGUGGGUUGUAUCAGAGCCCUUAAGCUACAAGAGUUGUGACAUUGAGGGUUGUCUCAAUGGAAAUGUGGUCACUCUCCUUGUUAAUUCACUCUGGGUUGUCCUAAUGACGAUUCCAUUUUGUGGGGCUCAGUGGAUGCUAUUGGUUGGAUUAAACACGCGGAGUUGACUUCGUCAUUGCGCGGGUCUAUCAAAAAAAACCAAAACAAAAACCACUUGUUUUAUAUGUUUAUACAGGCAUUCCUUGCAAUGGCUAUAUAGCUUUCAGUUAAUAUCCGGAUAAAAGCUCUUAGUAGAGAAGACUGUUAUGCAGUAUCCUUUCGGAAGCUUAGCGGAAACUCAAAUGUUAGUUUACGUGGCAGUCCACAAAUUGGAUUAGCGCCGAAUUAAGCCACCAGUGAAUGAUAGUUUAGCAAACUUGCUAGCUACCUAAACGCACUGUUGGAAGUGAAGAGUUAGAUAAUGUUACACGCAUGGACUGAUCUGUGACAACCUAUGGUUAAUUCUAACGCUCACGAAUGGUAAUGUAAUAGAUAAUUCCCCGUUUAUCAUCUUUCACCAUUGUCGGGUGUGUGCUAACGUUGCAUACAUUACAAGGCCAACGCCCGUGGUACUUCUCCGGUCGCGUACAAACCACCGGGUUAAUAAAAUGGAGAGUUGUGGUCAGCGGUUUGAAUUCACUACGGGACGAGACAGUAAGUCCCAAAAGAAGAAGGGUUCUUCCAACCCCAGCACUUCAUGUUAUGAUGAAGGAGACCGCAAGCCAAAGUUUCACUUACCCUUUAGAAACAUCACAGAUGAUGUGCUGGACAGAUUUGCCAGUAUUCGGAUUCCAGGCAGUAAAAAGGAGCGGCCGCUCUUGACGCAUUCUAAACACAGCAGCAAUGAUUGGUCUGUGUCUUCAACUUCCACCAUCAAGUUUGAGGAGCUUUCAUCAAAGAUCACCUCAGAAAAAGAGAUCUUGGCUCUUUUUGAAAAGAUGAUGGAGGACAUGAACUUGAAUGAAGAAAAAAAGACUCCUUUGAGAGAAAAGGACCUCAGCACAAAAAGAGAAAUGGUCACCCAGUACAUUUUUACAGCCUCUAAAACAGGGACCUUGAGAAGCAGACAUCAGAUAUCUCCCCAGGAGUUCCUUGGAGAGUUGAAAUCGGGGAUAAUGGACGAACGUCUGUUUGCCUGUCUAGACUCAUUACGAGUGUCCCUUACCAGCAAUCCUGUCAGCUGGGUGCAGGUCUUUGGGCAUGAGGGUCUUGGACUGCUGCUGGACAUUUUGGAGAGGUUGCUGUUCAAGAAACAACAGGAGAAGAUGGACAAAAAGAACCAACAUAAAGCCGUCCAAUGUCUCAAAGCCUUCAUGAAUAAUAAGUAUGGCUUGGAGCGAAUCCUGGGGGAGGAGAAAAGCCUCACUUUACUGGCAAGAGCCAUUGAUCCCACUCAGUCUGCCAUGAUGACCGACGUGGUAAAGCUGCUGUCAGCCAUCUGUAUUGUGGGCGAAGAGAACAUUUUGGAGAAGGUCCUUGAAGCCAUCACCACAGCAGGGGAAUGGCGAGCCACUGAGCGGUACGAGAUCUUGGUGACUGGAGAAAAUAGACAUGCAUUAAUGUUGCAGGUGGCAUGCAUGCAGCUCAUCAAUGCACUAGUAACUUCUCCUGAUGAGCUGGACGUCAGGCUGCACAUAAGAAAUGAAUUUAUGCGCUGUGGCCUGAAAGAGAUAUUGCCGCAACUGACAACCAUCAGGAAUGAGGCCCUCGACAUUCAGCUAAAAGUAUUUGAGGAGCACAAAGAAGAGGACAUGAUAGAGUUUUCUCAUAGACUGGAAGACAUCAAGAGUGAGCUGGAUGAUGCGGGGGAUGUAUUCAGUAUUGUGCAGAGCAUGGUGAAGGACAGCAGUGCAGAACCCUAUUUCCUCUCUAUACUGCAGCACCUGAUGCUUAUACGCAAUGACUACUUGGUCAGGCCCCAGUAUUUUAAGAUCAUUGACGAAUGUGUGUCUCAGAUUGUGCUUCACCGCAGUGGCACUGACCCAGACUUCAGUUAUCGCAAGCGCCUUGACGUUGACUUCACUCACCUCUUAGAAGUUUGUGUGGAUAAAGCUCAAAUUGAUGAGUAUGAAAAGAGAGCCUCAGACCUGGAACAGAAGUUUGAUGAGGAGCUUCUAAGCAGACAGGAGACACAAGCUCAACUGGGGAAGUGUGAAGAAAUAAUAGGUGAACUCCAAGCAGAGCUGCAGGCCUUCAGGUCCCAGUUUGGAGUGGCACCUGCGGGCCUUUCCUCAGCCCCGGCUGGACAGGUGUUAUCUUCCCCAGCAGUCCUGUCUGGACCUCCACCUUCAGCUUCGGCACCUGGGGUUCCAGCUCCCCCUCCUCCACCACCUCCGCCUCCAUUACCUGGUUGUCCUGCCCCACCUCCUCCACCUGGAGUGCCUCCUCCAUUUGGUGCCCCCCCUCCACCACCUCUAGGCUUUGGGGGUGCUCUAGGCUCCCCUCCUCACCGUGCACUGCCUUAUGGCCUUAGGCCUAAGAAGGAAUUCAAGCUGGAGACCUCCAUGAAGCGCCUCAACUGGUGCAAGAUUAAUCCCCAAGAAAUGUCAGAGGGCUGUUUCUGGGUGCUGGCUGAUGAGGACCGAUAUGCAAAACCAGAGCUGCUCACCAGAGUUGCCGUCACCUUUGGUUCACAAAGAACAGCCAAAAAAGAAGAUGAGAAUCUGGAGGAUAAGAAAUCCAUAAAGAAGAGAAUUAAAGAGCUUAAAGUGCUCGAUCCGAAGAUUGCACAGAAUCUCUCCAUCUUCCUAGGUUCUUUCCGUAUGCCUUAUGAGGAGAUUCGUCGCAUGAUAGUGGAGGUGGAUGAGGAGCAACUCUCUGAACCUAUGAUCCAGAACCUAGUAAAGCACCUACCGGAGCAGGAGCAGCUUAACGCCUUGGCCAAGUAUAAAAAAGAAUACACAAAUUUGUCAGAGCCUGAGCAGUUUGGGGUUGUGAUGAGCAAUGUGAAGCGCCUGCGUCCUCGCCUCAGCCACAUCUUGUUCCGGCUGCAGUUUGAGGAGCAGGUAAACAACUUGCGCCCAGGUAUCUUGGCUGUAAGUGCUGCCUGUGAUGAGGUCAGGAAGAGCCGCUCCUUUGGCCGCCUGCUGGAGCUGGUGCUGCUGCUGGGGAAUUACAUGAAUGCAGGCUCUCGAAACGCCCAGUCAUUUGGCUUCGACCUCAGUUCACUCUGCAAGCUAAAGGACACGAAGUCAGCAGACCAAAAGACCACAUUACUUCACUUCCUGGCACAAGUGUGUGAGGAGGAAUUUCCAGAUGUGAUCAAGUUCAUUGAUGAUUUGGAACAUGUGGACCGAGCUAGCAGAGUGUCUGCAGAGAAUCUGGAAAAGAGCCUCAGGCAGAUGGAGCAGCAGCUGCUGCAGCUGGAGAGAGACCUGGAGACUUUCUCCUCCCCUGAUGACCCCAGCGACAUGUUCUUCACUAAAAUGGCUAGCUUCAGCAGUGUUGCACGGGAGCAGUAUGGCAAGCUGAUGAUCAUGCACAGCAAUAUGCUGACGCUGUAUCAGAACAUGCUGGAGUACUUUGCUGUCGAUCCCAGGAAAACCUCUGUGGAGGAGCUGUUCACUGAUCUCAGCAGCUUCCGCUCCAUGUUUACUCAAGCGCUGAAGGAGAACCUAAUGCGGAGGGAGUCAGAGGAGAAGCAGAGGAGAGCACAGGCGGCAAAGGAAAAGGCUGAACGUGAAAAGCAAGAAAGACAGCAGAAGAAGAGGAGGUUGCUGGAAGUCAGUGCAGAGAAUGAUGAGACAGGUGUGAUGGAUAGUUUGCUGGAAGCCCUACAGUCAGGAGCUGCAUUCAGAGACCGCAGGAAGAGAGUGCCAAGAGCCAGAGAUAACCAGCAGCAGAUGAUCAGCCCCAGCUCGUUCCGCCAGGUUCUCAGGCCCGUUAACCAUGGUGCUGUCAGACUCCAGGAGCUGAGCCAGACCAAGUGAACAGAGUUGACUGGC